AUGGACAGCCGGAAUACUAUUGUUAUGGUCGAUAUUCAUGGCGGCAAAUCCCACAUGCUUGGAUUUGUUGGAAAUGUUCAACUUGAUAUUGGUACAGUCAGGACGCGUGCUCAUUGCUAUGUAUCCGACAAAGUCCAGUUUGAUAUACUCUUAGGACGUCCAUGGACCCGUGACAACUAUGUGGACAUUCUAGAACAACCCGAAGGGACCUUCAUUGCCUUCUAUGACGUCAAAGAUCCUACACGUGAGCAGAAAUUCCUUGUGACACCUGAUACUCAGCACGACCGGCGUUACUUCACGGAUACCAUUUACGACAAGACCCCCCACACAAUGUUAGCACACAACAACCUCUCCUUAGCUAAUCCGGAUGCCGAAGAAGGUGAAAUUGAAGAAGAUCUAGAACCCGGUGAAUUAUUAGAUGACCUUUGCUAUCCAUCACCUACCCCUUCUAUGAUCGAGUUAUCUAUCCUUACUAGGCAACAAUCUCUGAAUCGGGACGAAUCUGCUAACCCAAAUGAGGACUUAUCCACUUCACAAGAUGCACCCUCUUUCUCUGACUCCAACUGCAAACAUGACUCGACUCAGGACUCCUCUCACGGUCUCUACGCUUCCGAUUAUGACUCAAUGUAUCAAGAUGACUCGGGAACUUCUCAAUUCAAUGCGACAGCCCAUUAUGGUCAUAUUUCCACACCACCUUACGAUUCCACACAUGAGGCCCCACAAAUAGAACAGCCACCAUCACCAUCUGUCAAUCCGUCCAUCAAAUCCCACACUUCAGACAAUAACGACCCACAUGAAGAAGAACCAGCUGAUGAUGAUCCAGAAAUGGAACAAUUGAGCUCACCCGAAGUAGAAGCUAUUCAAUUCUCUUCUGACAAUACUCACCUUACGGCUAUGGGAAUGCUCAACCCCCACUUGCGCUUUGAAGACUGGAUUCUAUACGACGCCACUUAUUCUUCUCCUACUCGUGUUGUUUCUGACCGAACAGGAACGGCCUUUGUCCAUUAUGUUUAUCUGCAGAGAGACAGCCAUAUAAACUUGACGACGACUCCAACUAUUCUACACUUCAGUCGCACUGGUAUCUCGUCUCAAUCUAACCACUCUGCUUCAGUCAGUGCCUAUCCAAUGGGCCAACGUCACUCAGCAUCCUGGACUCAUUUUAUUCCCCAAUCCAUUCGCUCUCAAAACGCUUCUCCUAUUCCCCAACCUCAUUCCCGAAGUUCUGCUCUUCCAGAGACACCUCUUUCGAUUAUGAUUCACCAAGAAACACGUGUAUCAUCGACGGUCACCGCAAAUGUAGACGAGCAUCAUCGAGGCCCAAAAGCUUUGGUACAUCCUCUGCGAGUAGCCCACGACAGUCCGAAGGAGCCAUUAAACGAGGAUGAAGAAGAGCUACAAAUAGCCCAAAAUGGCAAAGAGGUCGACCACAAUUCUUCCCUUUUACCUCUUUCCAUAACCAGCACAAUGCACGAAUCGCGAGCUUCAAAUAUGGAUGAUGGAAACGAAUGGUACUAUCAGUAUGGAGAAGAAAGUCCCUUUGGUAUCGACAACACAGAAGAACAUCCCUUGGACGCCAACACAUUGUACUGA